GCCUCCUGUGCCGCCCGCAGAGCUCUGUGUCGGCGUGAUCCACCAGAAUGUGUUCUAUUUCGAAGGACGGCAGCGACGAAGAAUUUACCAGGACGUGGAACUCCAUGCGCUCAUCCUGACUCUUAUCCUCACGCUUCUCCUCUCGCCGGGGCGAGGCUUGCUGGAUCCAAGUUACUCCGAUCAGUACCCUACCCACCGGCAUCGACGGAACAUUCCCUUCCUCCUCAGCGCACACCUGAACCACAGUGCCAAUAGGAGUGUCCUGCCGUGGGUCUUCCAGCAGGUGGAUCGAAUCGGGCGCAUUGGUGAGCUACGGCUUUUGAAGCUUCUCGUCGAGUCGGCCAUGCACCGCUGGAUGUACACCAACAUGCGGGUGGUGGGCCAGGGGCAAUUCGGAACUGUGAUGCAGAGCGGCGUUACGCUGGGAAAUCAUGGUAACCUUCAGGUUGCCAUCAAGCACAUCCCGAAACAAACAAACAUCCAGGAUCGUUGCGUUUUGGUCGAUGUCUUCAACGAAAUCACCUGCUUGGACACGGUGCGAUUCGAGGACCACCUCUGUCAAAUCUUCGACUUCGGUGUGGAAGAGUCUUGCUACUGGAUUGUGAUGAAGUGUUAUGGCAGCACGUUGAAGAGGUGGCGAGAGCAGCUGAUUGGGACUGUGACUGAUCAUCUUCCGGUACUGCUGGCAAUUUUCAAGCAGAUCCUGGAGGCUGUGGCCGUGCUGCACAAGCAUGACAUCGUCCACUAUGAUCUCAAGUGCGACAACAUCAUGAUUGAAUCAGCUCACAGGUCCUCAAGUCCGGGCAGCGACAUCGACGAUGGCACCGUUGCGGAGUUGGAUGGCGCAGAAGAGGCAUUGCUCUCGUUGAUUUGCAGACCCAAGCUAGCCAUGGGAAGUUUAUGA